AACUCCACGACGACAGCAAAACCGACGACGCCCACCCACCACUAACCGCACGCACAUUCCCACAGUCGCCCAACAUGGCUUCCCAGAGCGUGCAAUGCUUCGGCAAGAAGAAGACCGCGACUGCUGUCGCCCACUGCAAGGCCGGAAAGGGUCUCGUCAAGGUCAACGGAAAGCCUCUUUCCCUCGUCCAGCCCGAGCUCCUGCGAUUCAAGGUCUACGAGCCAAUUCUGAUCCUCGGUGUGGACAAGUUCGCUGAUGUCGACAUCCGUGUCCGUGUCUCCGGUGGUGGUCACACCUCGCAAGUCUACGCCAUCCGCCAAGCCAUCGCCAAAUCCAUCAUCGCCUACUACCAAAAGUACGUCGACGAGCACUCGAAGAACCAGCUCAAGCAGGCGCUUAUCCAGUACGACCGCACACUGCUCGUUGCCGAUAACAGGCGGUGCGAGCCCAAGAAGUUCGGCGGUCCAGGUGCGCGCGCCAGGUACCAGAAGUCUUACCGUUAAGCGGUACUUUGGCUUGCUGGUAUGGGGGGAGAAGGAAAGAGAGGGUGUAUGGCGAGCAUGGAGCGGUGUUCAUCCUGGGCUUUUUCAUGGGGUCUUAUACUGUCUACUAUCUACCCCUCGAGGACGAGGUUACGGUUACGUGACAUGGCGCGCAACGGCUGCCUGAUACGAUCCCGCGGCUUGUGACGAUAAAAAUGAAUACAUUGGUUGCAAGAACACGUACAAGGCAUACAGCGUGAGGAGCAUCGACAUAUGUGGGGACAGGUGAAUGCGAACUCAAGCCCUCCUCCAA